UUCUGGAAGGAACUGGAGGAUCGUCAUGGGGAACACCGUUGGAAAACGAGAUCAAACUACUGAGAAGCUAAAGAAUGCUGAAGCCACAGUGGAGGAAGUGGAAGAUAAAGCAAGCUCCAAAGCACCCCGGCUAACCCAGGAACCCUCGGAAGACAAUGAGGUUUUUGGAGAGGCAGAUGUGAACCAGAACAAUGGGACCUCCACUAAGAGCACAGCGGUGACAGACUCCAAGGGCACAGCAGACCCAAAGAAUGCCUGGAAGGAGGCCAACCCAGCUGACACGACUGGUCGCCCCCAUUUGGUCCGCCUCUUUUCCCGAGAUGCCCCAGGGAGAGAAGACAACACCUUCAAAGACCGGCCCUCUGAAUCAGAUGAGCUACAGACCAUUCAGGAAGACAGUGCAGCAGCUCCAGAGAAUUCGGAUUUGAUGGCUUCACAGAAACGCUCCUCUUUCCGGCACGGAUCCAAACUUGCAACUGCAAGUACUAUAGACCAUGCUAGACAUGGAUCCCCAAGAAGAUACAGGGAACCAGGUCUACUUGACUCAUUGGGCAGAUUCUUUGGAGGUGACAAACAUGUUCCCAGGAGGGGCAAGGACUAUCAUCACUCUGCCAGAGUGAGCCAUGUAAGUUCCCUGCCUCAUCCGAGGUCUCAGCAUGGACGGUAUGUGGAUGACAACCCUGUAGUCCACUUCUUCAAAAACAUCGUGUCACCAAGGACAACUCCUCCUCUGCAAGCAAAGGGGAGAGGAUUAUCCUUCAGCAGAUUUAGCUGGGGUGGCGAAACUCACAAGCCUGGAUAUGGAAGUGGCAAAUUCUAUGAGCACAAAUAUGCUCACAAGGGACACAAGGGAUACUACCACGAUGGCCAAGGAACACUGUCUAAAAUCUUUAAACUGGGAGGUUCUGGUUCCCGACCUGGUUCCCGGUCCGGCUCUCCCGUUGCUAGGCGCUGAAGCUCUAGAUAGUCACCAAAGGGCUACGUUCUCUGCUUCGUAACAUAGCUGCCUUUAAAAUUCAAUAACAAAUUGCAGAAUUCCCUAGAUAGAAACACAAUCUAUUUGUUAAUGUCAGUUGAGUUGUGCAUGCAGUAGGAUUACACAAAAUUGUAUUGGCAAAUGCUGACCAACAGUUAAACAAAAGUAAGCAACAAAAAGGCCCUCCUAAACUUGCAAUGAAGCUUUUACUUGCUGUCAGCAUUGCUUUAGGGAAAGUAACAGGAUUCCCCGUGUUAUUCAUUCUUCAAGGUGUUCCCAAAGAAUAUAGGGCCUUAAUUUUUCAAGCACAUACAUUAAGGCCCUUUCAGGUUUCUUUUUCACUAAACCUUAAGUAACACCAUAAAACACAUAAACUAGUGUUGCAUUAAUGAACCUUUGAGAUCUCUGCUGUAAACAAACAAUAAUAAAAACGUGCAGAAGUUGGAAGGACUGUAUAUCCAAUUUUUUUAUGAUUUGGUUUCAUCAUUAUUAUUAUUAUUAUUAUUUGGUUUCUUUCAGUACCCUUUUCUCUCACAGUUUUCUUUUCUUUUCCUAACUGGAUUAGGCAGUCAUGGAAAGGUAUAUUAAAUUUGGGAGUUCAAGGUAUGUUGAGAUGUGAGAGAAGGCAGCUGUUACUGUUUCAAUGAGAUGGAGCAAUUGUAAUAAGGAAUUAUAAACACCUGAAGGAACUUUUUGUGCAUGACAAAUUGCUCGUCAUACCCAACAUAUUAGGAAUUAAGAGUGGCUGGGAGAGAGAAAAGAGGAUAUCAAACUUGAAUUAGACUAGUUUUCCACAGAAAAUGAGGGAUUGUCCCAAAGAAGGAAAACCACUUGGACAUGUGAACAGUGGAAGUCCCUGCAGCUCCACACAGGCACUUGCUGCAAAAUAAGAACUUCUGCAGCUAAAAUAAAAAAGUCUAAUUUCUAAAUGAGAGGAAGCCCUUUGGUGAGGAAGUUUCAGAUAGUUACUGCACACAUAAAGUUAGCAUUUCUAGCUGUCUUGUUAGUGCAGCAAAGUUAAUAUGCAGUGCACCAGAGCAAACUACACUAUUGUGUUGUAGAUAUAGGUUAAAACUAAUGAACUAGAGAUAGGUAUUAAGAUAGGUAUUCACACAAAUACUAAGGUAUACACAUGUGGAAAUGGGUUGACCCAUCUACAUGAAGAAAAAUGCUCUUCUGAAUUGCACUGUUUUAUAACAUUCAACCUAUUUUGUCGCUAAAUGACCUUCCUUUACUCAUGCAAUGUUUUUAUUUGAGCUUAUAUGUUGUAGAGAGUAUAGAGUUAAGACUAAGUUGGCAUCUGCCUUUAGCUAAGCUUAUGAAUAUCAGGAGUUAUCAAUGUUAAUGCCAACUGAUAUAUGGUGGAUGUUGUUGUUGUUAAAGAUAGGUCACUUUUAUCUACCAUAGAUUUCGAGCAUUAUUCUUAAUAUGCAGCAAUGAAAGAUGAGAGAGUAGAAAAACACAAAACAAAACAGAAUACCGAAACUGUUAAGCACACACACCUAUUACAUCUUCUUUCAAAAUGUUGUUGGCUAUGUGUAUUUUUCUAUGUGUAGCCUCAUCCAAGUUGUGUAUUCCACAACGUACUAGUGAGUUUCUUUUAAGUGUAUUGUUCUUAAAAGUGUAUGAGUACAACUCCUAAAAAAUCAAUAUUGAAAUAAAAUACUCAACUUUUAA